UCGUUUGUUCAAUUCUCCAUUAUGGCGUCGAAUUUCCCUGUGACAAGGAGCCCAAAGCCAAGUUGCUCUUAUCAUUGCAUGAUUGGAAUGGCUCUGUUAGCAAGUCCAAGCGGAAAGUUACCAGUAAACGAAAUCUACAAGUACAUCCUAAGCAGAUUUCCUUACUUCAAAACUGCAGCCGAUAACUGGAAAAAUUCUGUGCGUCACUGUCUCUCCCUGGGGCAAUGUUUCCACAAAGUGACACAUCCAGGAACGUUUCACUUCAAAAAGGGUUUCCAUUGGCAGGUGGUUCCUCACAAACAUAGCGUUGUGUAUCAAGAGAUUUUCAAAUACUUAGCAACAACUGGACAAAAAGCAGAAAACUAUGGUAUAUCUACCUCUACCCUCGGAGCAGGAUUACAAGUUCAACCAAUGCCACCUCCAUGUUCAAGUAGUGGACUUUCACCUGGUCCUCUAUUAUCCCCUUUACAAAUGAAGCCCAACAUUCCCGAUAUGUCCAAUGCUGUGGAAAUCCAACUAAACCAAUCGGAUUUGGAAUCUCUACAUAUGCUCGGACAAACAACCAAUUUAAGCCUCUCUCCCUUCGACUACAACCUGCUCAUGAAUCCUAAUAUGCAACAAGAGCUUCAGAAGCUUGUCACGAUAUUAGGAUUCUCAAAUGUGCCACCCCAGCAGAAUCCAAGACAACCAAAAAUUUCUAGCAACAUCGUUGAUUCAUUCACAACACCUCCAAGGCAAAUUAUUUCGACUGCCAGAACGCCAGUUACUUCUUUGUGCUCUGCUGUAAAUGACUGUUUAAAAAUUACGUCAUCAACACCGCCAAGCUAUAUUUCUACAGCUAGCAGUCGCACAACUCCAAGUACAUCUGUCCCCCCUGUAGUUCCAUCUACUCCAGGUAUCAGUACGAAUUUUAAUACUAAAGGGGUUGUGAUUAGACCUAUUUCAAGAGACGAAUUGAAUACAGGCAUUGAGUAUUGCUUGAACAGCCCCCCUGCAUUUAUUACGCGUUAUCCCAGUACUAUUGAAUUAGUACAGAGUGAUGUUGUGACAGAGGAGGAUGAAGAACAAAUCUACCCUUUUAUAAAUGAGAGUUGUGGAGAAGAUGGAGACAUUUCUCUGAGUCAGCUCAAUGGCAUCGAUCAUGAAGACUCAGAAGAACCACUGAUGUUCUUAAACAAGAGCAGGUCUGGAAGCCAUCACUCUUUUUCCAUUGACCCAGUCAAUGGUGAUUGGAAUUGUUGGGGAGAGCCUGAUUACAUUGAUCGUAUAAAUACACUUGUAAACUCUACAUUUACAAAAGAUGAGGCAGCAGUACUGAGCAAACCACUUGACAACAUCUAUAAGAACAGCCGUAAGUCUGGCGAGCGAGCUGUUCAAAAAAGGAAGGCUGAAAAUUGUGGUAAACAGACAAAAAGAAAUACUGUUGGAUCAAAGGUGAAGAAGCAGCUAUCCAAACCCUUGAUCGUCUCAAUUCCAUUUUUGAAGCUACUAACAAGCAGACAAGCAAAGAAGUAUUGUCAAAGCUAA